CUUACAAGGGUAUGGGUAAGGGUAGUGCCGGCUCGCGUUAAUGACCGGAGGGAGGCACCGGGCGAUGAGCUUAAUGAGCGGCGCCAGGGGAAGGGUAAUGGCUCCUCUGGGAUGUUAUCUGGGCGCUCCGGCCAACAUUCCCCCCGCCUCGCUCAUCCCCGCGGUGUCCUGACCCCGCACAGACACAGCCUGGUGCCUGGGGCUCCGUGGCGGACUUUGGGGACGAAGGGCUGCGGGGCCCUCGUGUGCCUUGGCUUGUGAAAGCACCUGGGCGAGGGUUGGGGGCAGGUUUCUUUCCUCUCCUGUGGCGCGGAGGGGGCUCCCGCUGCCUCCGGGUUUCUCUGUUGUACCUUCGCCCCGCUGUCCGGUUUUCCUCCUCCUUGCGUGGAUGGACCUCUGGCAUCUCUCCGUGCGUGUGCGUUCAGGUGGCUUUGUAACAAAUGCCCCAAGAAAACCUCAGAAGUGUUGCUGUCACAGUGUAAGUGGUUGGCUUGCUCGGAGAAAUGUCUAAGGAGGUGGUUGUGAGAAGGGAAAGAGGGCUCGGCUUCCUGCUCGUGUGCCUUCAGCACAUCAGGUGUUCCACACUGAACAUGUCUGAUGUUCCCAGUCAGUUAAAAUCUCUUCUGCUUAAGGUUAUGUUUAUCUGAAAGUGGGACAAAGUGAUGUUCAGUCUGGUCUCUUGCCAUAUGGGAGAAAGGAGUGGUUUGAUAAGUCCCUCUUUGUUACCAUGAAGGCCUGUCUUUCUCUCCAAACCAUUUUUAUGACAGCUCUUCCUUGUCAAUGUCAAGUUGUUGUGAGGCCUUUGCUACGUAUUUUAGAAAUAAGAGUGAUUUACUUUCUCUUGGAAGACUCUUUCUGUAGGUAAUAUAAUACAGGUAGAAGACUUGGAAAUUUAUUUUGUGGUGUAAACACAUACUGGUGUUUGCACAGAAACGAGUAAAACCCCUGUUCAAAUCAAAGCACUAAGCUGAAAAUGCCAUUGCUGCUUUGAGGUGUUGGGUGAGUGACAGAAUGGACGACACAUGAAAAUACUGUUUUUUUCACAUGAUGAGUGAGAUGAGCUAAGAGGCAACAAGGAGGGUGGUGGAAAAAGGAAUUAUACAGAACAGAGCCAGACUGUGCCUCACUGUUUCUUGACCCUCCUCAUCAGAAUAUUUCAUGUCAAUUGCAGUGGAAACUCUUGUUGCUUAACAAGAUCAAAUUAUUAUAGUUUCAUAGCUUCCUGCUUCUGUUUCUUUCCCCGGCAGUUAAUUUGGUUCUCUUAAUCCUGUAAAAAGCAAAUUAGAAAGUCUUGGAGCAGCCUGGCAUCCCCUCAUACUUCCAUGAAGAUUCUCCCAUCUGACUGAUGUUGUGGGGCUCCUUCUUGACUAACAGUUGUUUCAGAAAGAAACAAUGAGGCAGAAAGCAAAUUCCCUUAUUUUGGCAUUGCACUAACAUAUGUCAAAAGUAAACCAGCGUGAAAUGUUAGAAAGUGAAUUAUUCUAGAUCCUUUUCCUCCCCCAAAUUAAACUAUGAAGUUUCUCUGUAAGCACAUACAACUGAAAUGCUGCUCAAACUUUCCCCUCUCCAGACAGAGGCAGAUACAUGGGUUUGGGUUUGUUAUUCUACUUUCUAUUCUUAAGCAUUUGUUUGUUUGUUUGUUUGUUUAUUUUAGUUAGCAGGAAUCACACAGACUCAGACAUUCUAAGACAACCAGCAGGUUUUUGGAACAUUGUUUUUUGGAAAAGUAUAUGCCAACUGGGAAAGUAUAAUGCUUCUUUAUUAUUAUGUUGCCUAUUUUAAUUAUUUCUCUUGCUAUGUUCUCUCUGACCUGUCUUCUACUAUUUAGGCUUCCUUACUGUCAUGCAGUUUGUGCUUUUUGUUAAACUUGGUCACACUUCUGCACCUAUUUUUGUCCUCAUCCAGCUAUUUAAUUUGCUGUCUUGUAAGUCUGUUAUUCAUAAGUAUGGCUGAAGCUGCAGAAAAAUAAUUCAAGGCAGUUAUCAGAAGCUUAUACAAUUAAUGGUUUUUGCUUGGUCAGCUUUGGUUUGACAGAAAUACAUAAAAAAUUAUCUGACAUCUGUCAGAUAAUCCCUGUUGACACAAUAGACCAGAAUUUCACUUGUGUCUUUCUUUUGCUCAUAAAUCAUUACUUUAUGUUCUGUGCAUUAUUCCAGAGACUUUUGCUAUCCCCAGUGCUGUUUUCCCACUACUGUAUUUGUAAUAUGCAACCUUUCCUUUAUUCUCUGUGCUUGGAAUUACCUCUCCCUGUAGUUUACAGUUGGUAAUGUUUUUGCAGACAUGUUUGCUCUCAAUAUGAGCCUUUUCUCAUCAGAGGUUUGACUGUCUCCCUGUUGACCAUAUCAGUUUCUUUGCUCUUGCUUUCCUGGCAGGCUCUGUCCUGGUGACAGUUUUUAUUUUGAACUCUCCAAUUCUUGUCACUGUUGGGUUUCGUUGUGUGGUGUUUUCCUUCUUCCAUAACUGAAACUCCUGAUCCAGGCGUACCUUUUCCUUGUGCUAUCCAGGCACAGUGCAUGUGGGGUGGGGUAUGGGUUGGGUUUUGGGUGGGUUUUUUUCUUAUUUUUUCCUUGUAGAGUGCCAGGAUGAGGAAGAGGACACGUUGCAGUGUAAGGAGCACUUUGUGGAGGAUGCUGAUGCUGUCGGUGGCCAUGGCACAGGGAGCAGUGUGCUCUCUGCAUUCCAAAGCACAGCUACACAAGAAGAACCCGAGGAUACCUCGAGAACAGAAGACAGGAUUAGUCCUGUAAAGAAAGUGGAAGAAGAUGGAAGAGACAGCACCCUGCAGGCAGCUGGGUCAGCUUCCCAAGACUCCGUGGUCCUUGACAGCCAGCUGGAUUCUGCCUUGGGGUGUGGGCAGCCUUCCAAUUCCCGCAGUGACAUGAAGGCCGUGUCCCCACUUGCUGUAGUUGGAUUGGCACAGGAGCCCACGGGUCAGUCAGGGUCCCCUGAACACUGUGAGAGUCAUUACCUUGAUGGGACUGAAAAGGAGGCAAAGAAGAAAAAAAGUACCAACAGAAGUGGAAUGUGCACCGAGAAAGCACCUAGUGGAAUCCCUGGAGCUCCCUGCAGGCAGGAUGAGGGUGGCCCAGCUACUUGCCAGUCAUCCAAAUGUGCUGCAGCCCAGCAAUCCUACAAGGUGUCUUCAGUCUUGGAAUCCAGAAGUAACCGUGAUGCAACCAAGGAGGAGAAAAAAGGGGAAAAGGGUAAAAAAGCCUUACUUGAGAAUCUACACAUCCUACCACCGGUCAGGAAGAAGUCCCGCACCUCCUACAAUGCAGAGCAGCUAGAAGAGUUGGAGAAGGUGUUCCAUGAAGACCACUAUCCCGACAGUGAGAGGAGGAGGGAGAUUGCAGCUGUGAUUGGUGUGACGCCACAGCGAAUCCUGGUCUGGUUUCAGAAUCGUAGGGCAAAGUGGCGGAAAUCGGAGAAGCUGAAAGCGAAAGGGAACAGAAAACAUCCAACAUCGUCACCUCUGUCAGAUGAUUAUGGGGCACCUCCUCUGCCUGUGCCUCUGUUGCCUGACGUUGCUCGUGACCAAUCUGCCGUGCUGGGAGGAAACGCUGCAGCUGGGAACUGCUCCAGCCUGCUCAGAGCACAGCCUGCACCACUCUCCUCUGCCUCAGCCUCCUCGGUGGCAGGAACGGUGGCAUCUUGUGAAGCAGUUCAGACGAAGGUGUCGCAGCAGCUCAGCUUCAACUCCAGCAGCGUGGAGGGCUUCCCGAGCCUCCCCAGCCCUCCUCCCAUCCGCAGGGCCACCAUCCUGGCCUUCAACCCCCACAGCCCUGUUGGUUCCCUGGGGCUGGGCACUCCCAACAGUGAAUGCUGCUUGUCCAGUCAGGAAAAUGGCUCCAGGGAGGCCUUCACUUACAGCAUCCAGAAUCAAGGCUUGAGUUCACCACCCUCCUGCCCUUACCCUGAGCAGCUGGAGACUGCAGGGAACCUGGAGACCAUGUACUGCCAGUACAGCAGCCAGGGGGGAAUUUACCAGCUGUCCCAAUAUUUCCAGCAGCACCAGCUCUCCCAGUUCUGCCAACUGCCAGAUCACCUGGCCACCAAUUUGCUCUCCAGUGACCACCUCCCUCCUCCAACACCUCCUGAGCUCCAUCCAGCUUUCCUGGCCUUACCUGGUAACACUGGAGCAGUAACCUAUGGAGCCACACAAGGCUAUGGACAAAACCACAUGGGGGGACAGCUCGUGCCACAGCAGUCAAGUGGAAUCUCAGACAUCACUGCCUAUCAGGCUGUCCUCUGGAGUGAUUUCUGCAUGCAGGGAGCUCAAUUCCCAAAUCAGCUGCACUCCCAAAUGCCAUUUUUUAGCAUGGCAGAAGGACAGAACUUCACAGAGCCAUAUCUUCUUCAAGUGCCCAAUGGAACAGCACUGGGAUCCACGUCAGAGGCUGGAAAGCAAAAGGGAGUGACACCAGACCAGAGCUCAAACCAGAGCCACCAAACAGAGCCAGAGUUGGCACCGCUCGCUGAAGGAGAGAGGAUGUAGAGUGUUGUAGCAAGAAAGGAGACACCACUGUUGGUAACUGAAAGGCCAGCUGAUUAGUUUCUGGGGGGGAAAAGGAAAGCAUUCCAAGACAGCAGUAGCUCCUCUGAAUGCAGGAUCAAAACUGUGGCAUGAAUGGGAAUGGAACUUCCUUUUUUCUGGUCUGCCAUCCGAGGCUGGUCCCGUUAUCCUGUACCUGGUUCUUAGAUUCAGCUGUUCAUAGAAACGGGGACUUAGAAGUCAGUAAAAUAGAUGCCAAAGUUCUGUCCUCUCUCAGACAACAUCUGUUGUGAGCUGAAUGGCUGCACAGCACUGACAAUUUCUAAGAUUUCCUGAGGUAUAAACACCUCUCUUCAAGGCAGUACUUCUUCAGCAUGAGAGGGGAAAAGGGAAGAGAAGAGAGAGUUUUCUGUCUGGAUUUCCACUUCCAGGCUUUUUUUUUUCUUUUUUUUUGGAAACAAGAUUACCCUACUUUCAAAUGGUUGAAAGGUGUCAUAGGCCUUAAAUAUUUUUGGACGUGUAUGGGGGUAUAUGUGUGUCUAAUUUUGAAAUAUGAGACAUUUGAAAAAUCCAAAGUAUUUUGUGUCAUGUGAAAUCGCAUUUUCUUAUGAAUCUGUUUGGGGUUUUUUCAGAAAUCAAAGAAGAAACUAAUGACUGAUGCUGGUUUCUGAGGGGGGGAAAAAAAAAACAAAGGAAAAGGAAACAUUGCCAUUUUAAACUCUGCAAAAUAAGAAGAGUCAAAAAGAGAGUCAAGAAUAAUAAUAUUUACAACAGAAGCACUUUUUUAUUUCUUUUUUUUUUUGUUGUGUUUUUUUCCUUGUUGCCAUAAUUAUUUUCCUGCUGAGGAAAGAAGCGGGGAAAUUUCAGUCAAUAAAAGCUUCUGAUCUGUG